AGCAAUGCCGGCCAGAAGCUCAGUUCAACUUACUUUUGACAAGUUUCGCAUCCUUUAUCUCCUUAUGGGGAUUGUUCUACUGGCACCUGGCGUGGGAGCGAGAGAUCUACCCAUGUGUAAAGAGUCAGACUACCACUUUGAGUACACAGACUGUGACAUGCUGGGGUCUCGCUGGAGAGUGGCCAUACCCAACAAACCUGAAACUUGCACCGGUCUCCCUAACCCGGUCAAAGGCACAGAAUGCUCGUUCUCCUGCGAGGCGGGUGAGUUCCUGGACAUGAAGACCCAGGAGUGCCAGAAGUGUGCGGCUGGGACCUACUCUCUCGGCACCGGUGUGAGGUUCGACGAGUGGGACAAGCUGCCGGCAGGCUUCGCUAGCUAUGGAAUGGACAUGAACGUAGAGAACAUCGACGCAAACUGCUCCAAGUCCACCUGGGUCCCAAAAGGUGACUAUAUUGCCUCCAAUUUGGAUGAGUGCACCUCCACCCUGACUUACGCUGUCAGCCUCAAGCAGACAGGCUCCGUGUCCUUCGAGUACCUCUACCCUGACAACAGCAUCUUCUUUGAGUUCUACGUUCAGAAUGAUCAGUGCCAGUCCACAGAAUCAGAGAACCGGUGGAUGAAAAGCACAGAAGGCGACUGGAAUACGCACUAUGUGCAGCUCAAUCGCGGGAAUAACGUGCUGUAUUGGAGAACCACUGCAUUUUCCCUGGUCAGUAACGCGGUCAAACCUGUCCUGGUUCGGAACAUCGCCAUUAAAGGUGUGGCCUACACAUCAGAGUGCUUCCUCUGCAAGCCUGGCACCUACAGCGCCAAAGCGGGCUCUGCCAUCUGUGCCCCCUGCCCCCUCAACUCAUACUCCAACAAGGGGGCCACCGUGUGCCAGCAGUGUGACUCGGACAAGUACGCAGGGAUCGGUUCUGGGACUUGCCAACUGCGGCCGGCGUGCACAGCAAACGACUAUUUCUACACCCACACCCCUUGUGACUCCAAUGGCCAGACCCAGCAGAUGUACAAGUGGAUCGAGCCAAAGAUCUGCAGUGAAAGUGCAGAAGGGGCGGUGAGGCUCCCAGCCUCGGGGGAGAUGGAGAACUGCCCCCCCUGCAACCCGGGGUUCUUCCCCAACAACGCCUCUGUCUGCGAGCCAUGCCCCCACGGCUCCUACUCCAAUGGCACAGUCUGUGUCCCGUGUCCAGCUGGGACAGAGUCCAUGCUUGGGUAUGAGUAUAAGUGGUGGAACAGGAUGCCAGACAACAUGAGGAGCUCGGUGUACAGCCGGGAGUAUAGCGACUCCGAGAGGGACACAGCGUGGGAGGUGGCAGGAGAGUACAUUUACACCACUCCGGGGGACCUGGACUCCGACUACAUGAUGCUGACGCUCUCGGUACCAGGGUACAGGCUGCCCCACUCAGUGGCAAAGAAUGCAGACAGCACAGAACUGUCCAGGAUCUCCUUUGUCUUUGAGACUAAGUGCACUGCUGACUGCGUGCUGUAUUUCAUGGCGGGGUACAGCGAGAGGAACAACGAGGUGGUGGAGCACUGGGGUGGCACCAGGGAGAAGCAGUCGUACUCCUACAUCGUCAAGAGCAACCACACGGUCAGCUUCACCUGGGCCUUCCAGCGGACAGAGGGCUACACCACAGAGAGGCAGUACAGUUCCGACUUCGCCAAGAUCUACGCCGUCCGUAUCAGCAACGUGAUUGGUGGGGUGGCCUCGCAGUGCCAGCGCUGUGCCCUGGGAUCCUCGCAGUCGGGCUCCGCCUGCGUGCCCUGCCCACCGGGGCACUACCUGAACAACAUCACUGGCGCCUGCCGGCGCUGCCCGCCGAACACCUUCAUCAGACCCCAGCAGCCAGUGGGGGAGGGCGCGUGCAUCCCCUGCGGACCCCACACCCACAGCAACAAGGCUCACUCGGCCUGUGUCAGCGACUGCCACUUGGACCUGCCGCAGGCGGGAGGGGAGAUGGCGCAUUACGACUUCUCCCCGCUGGCCAAUGCCACCGUCUUUCAGAGUGGCCCGCGCUUCACCAGCAAAGGCCUGCGGUAUUUCCACCAGUUCAGUAUUGGCCUGUGUGGAGAGGAGGGCCGGAGUGUGGCGUCUUGUGUGGACAAUGUGACGGAGAGCAGGAAGGAGGUUAGAAGUCAUGUCUGCCAGGCCACCGUGGUGCCUUCAGAUGUGAGAGGCCAGAGUGUGGUGUCUUCGCAGCCGUUCAGCAUUGGUGACACGCUAAUCGGGGUUACCACAGAGACGACAUUGGAUCAGGUCUCCUCCCCUACACAUUACUUCCCCUUAGAGUCAAGCCUGCCAGAUGUCAUAUUCUUCUACAGGUCUGCUGAAGCAACAAAGGCAUGUAAGAACGGGAGAUCAACCACUAUCAGACUGAGAUGUGAUCCUACCGUGUCUGACGAAGGCCAUCUGUCUCUGCCCAGUAACUGCUCUGAGGGUACGUGUGAUGGGUGUUCUUUCCACUUCCUGUGGCGGUCGAAGCACGCCUGCCCGCUCUGUUCUGAGAGCAACUACAAGGAGAUUGUGAGCGCAUGCAGUCAAGGAAUCCAGAGGACCACCUACGUGUGGCAGGAGCCCCAGCAUUGCACAGGCGGGGUGUCCCUCCCGGCACAAAAAGUGACCGCCUGCGUCACCCUGGACUUUUGGCUGAAAUUCGGGGUGUCCACCGGGACUGUCGCUGCCCUGCUGCUUGUCUCCAUCAGCUGCUACUUCUGGAAGAAGACACGCAAGCUGGAGUAUAAGUACUCCAAGCUGAUGAUGAGCGCUGGGGAGAAGGAGUGUGAGCUCCCCACCGCGGACAGCUGCGCCAUCAUGGAAGGAGAGGACGCUGAGGACGACCUCAUCUACCUCACCAAGAAAUCCAUCUUUGGAAAGAUCAAGUCCUUCUCCCGAGAGAGGACGUCUGACGGGUUUGACUCGGUCCCUCUGAAGUCGUCUUCAGGCCUGGAAAUGGAGAUGAGCUAGAGCGCGGCUUCUACGUCUCAGGUGGCUUUCUCCUUCUAGUGCAAACACGGGUCAACAUCUGGCCUCGGAAAAUAGCAUCAUGAGAAAAUAGCUACAACGGUACAGGAUCAUGGGAAAAGACUCGAUGAACAGACAAUCCUGGGCUCUCUGUAACUCCCCCUUUUCGCACACAGGUCAUUUUCAUUGCUAUUAUCAAUAAUAAAGAUGUUCAUUUUUUUGUACGUAUGCAUUUGGCUCACUAAGCCACCUGCGGCUUCUGGGGAUUUACGGGUAAAAAUUUUCGGGGGGUUUUGCGGAGCGCCUCACCACAACCUUAACCACAACACUGCUGCUCCUCUUAACUUUAUGUUGAUUCACCUGCAUGAAAAAGGCACAGCGCUGAAAACGCGAGGUGAGCUGCUGUCACCACGGUGUUAGGAGAAUGUUAGAUGCCAGCCGAGUGAUGGCCCUCUGCCCAGAUCACUGUGUCUCUGAAUAUGCCUGUAAGGCUUUAAAC